UGCUGCACAACUCCAUUCACUUUAACCGUUAGAAUCCCGCGUGCUCUAAAAAUUUGCAGCUACCACGCAAUACGAAUGAAAACUAAAGUUUAAGCGCAGUGCAGUGAAUAUUAUAUAUGGCAAAAUGUACACAGCUGUUAAGCCGCUCUCGAAGUAUCUCCAACUGAAGUCGGUGCGCAUUUACGACGGCGUAUUCACGCUGCACGCAAAAUGCACCUGUGCCAUUUUAUUGGCAUUCACAUUUCUGCUGUCAUCGAAACAAUAUUUCGGUGAUCCCGUUGUGUGUAUAUCGGAAAUACCCCAGAAGGACUUUGUUGUGUCCCAUUGCUGGACAAUGGGCAUGUACAUCAUAGACUACGACGAUGCUCCCUUGAUGGCCAAUUUGAGCAAAACAAUCCAAAGUGACUACAAAAAACACAUAAAUACCAACAAAGAAAUGGACGAGAAUCUGCUGAACAAUGCACUGGGAUUAAAGGAGGUGAUUGGACGUGAUCGGGAACGUGUUUUUCUACGCUAUUAUCAGUGGGUUGUUCCCGUUCUAAUGCUGCAGUCGUUCAUUUUCUAUCUGCCUGCAUUUCUCUGGAAGAAAUGGGAAGGCGGAAGACUGAAGAAUCUGUGCGCCAAUCUCGAGGAUGCACUCGCCUCCAACGAGAAGGCUCUGACCCAUCUCCGGAAACUGGCCAGCUAUUUCUCACGGGAUCACAAGGAAUCCCACAUGCGCUACUUUGUAUGCUACACUUUCUGUGAAGUCUGCAACUUUGUCAUCAGCAUAAUCAACAUGCUGCUGCUCAACGUGUUUCUGGACAACUUCUGGUCACACUAUGUGAAGGCUCUGGCCGUUGUUCCUGCCUACAACUGGAACGAAUGGAAUCGCAUUACCACCCACAUCUUUCCCAAAAUUGCCAAGUGUCAGAUACUGAAAUUUGGCUCCAGUGGCAGCUUUGAAUAUCGCGAUAAUCUCUGUUUGUUGCCACUGAACACAUUGAAUGAGAAGAUCUUUGUGUUCCUCUGGCUCUGGUUUAUACUGAUGGCCAUAUUGGCGGGCUUUAAACUGAUCUAUCGCACCUUUGUCAUCUUCCAUCAUGGACUACGCCUGCAACUGCUACGUGCCCAAUCCCGUUUCAUGUCCAAAACAUCGAUAAAGCGCGCCUUUUGUGGCUUCAGCUGCGGGGAUUGGUUUAUUCUGAUGCGUGUGAGCAGCAACAUCAGUCCGGAACAAUUCACCCAACUCAUGAGUCUACUCUGCACCAAACAAUGCGGCGCAGAAAAGUCCGUCUCUCACAGUCUGGACACCAACUGAAUUUACACUAAACUAUCCAAUAUAUAUUUAACGAAAAAUACAAUUAAGUAAUUGUAUUUUUCUUUUGUCAAUUUGUUAAAGAAUAUCUUUAUUUCUCGAUAUGAAGCCAUUAUCGAAUUGAAACCAUACUUUUUUUUGUAUUUAAAACCAAGUCACGAAACUGUCUAUUAUUUUUUGAUAUAUAUAACUAAGAGCCUAUCGUUGAAUAGGAUAAGUUCUCGAAAUGAAUACAUUAACUUAAAUUAAACAAAAAAUUGGAAUAAAUUAUUUUUCUUCAUAUUUAUAACUUAAA